AUGUCUACGCAGCAGGUGAGGAGAUGUGUGUGUGACAUUUUGAGUAUUGAGUUUGAUGAUCCAAAGAACGAUUGGUCUCAAGGUCGACUGAAGAAGUUGCAAACUACAACUUCAACACUAUACAAUGUCUCACUAUCAAAGGUGAUGCUAAAGCAACAUGAGGAAACUGCCAGAGGACAUCUUUGUGCGUUCAUUGCUGCCGAGAAACUCUCAGAAAAGUAUGAGCCUGACCUGCGAUACAGAAGAGACAAAAUCCCGCUGGAGCCGCGGCAGGCAACCAAGCUUCUUGAUAUUCUUAAAAGUUCGAUUUUGACGAGCUCGCCAGUCAAAAGCAUCGGGUGGUCGCCAAGUCCUGUGAAACAAAGGAGCCCUGUGAAAAAUGGAGGCCGUUUCACGGCCAUGGACCCCAAAGAGAUGAGAAAACAACUAUUCGGUACCCCCACUAAAGCAAACUUGCCGCCAAAAGCAUUAGAAAAUCAACAAACAGCGUCUCCGGAGCCAGCAACUGAGGACGAAGCAAACAAAAUACGAACUACUCGAAGAAAGCUGACUUUUGAGGUUGAAGACGCAGAAGAUGAAAGAGAUCUCACUCUGGCUUCAAGAAAGGUUAACUCAGCUAGUAGCGGAGAAGGUGAGGUUAGAGAGGGUACACGGUAUGCUGAAGUGGAGAAUUCAAGUAUGCCUGUAACUCCUCGCAAGAGAAGUGCGUCAGCUAGCGCAAAAACCCCAUCUCCAAAGAAAAGGCGGAUCCCGGAUCGUGGUGAUGCCCCAAACAGUGCACGCGCAUGUCUCCUUUACAAAAAGUACUACAAAAUGACUGCCGCCGAGAUCGUUGAGUUGUGUAACCAUUUCGAAAUUCCAAGCGACCUAGCAUAUCGCAUUCUUGAUCAAUUCUUUGAACACGCAACUUACCUAGUGUUUCCAUUUCAGCUGGUCUGUGGUCUGAUCCUGAAUUGUUGCCAAGUCAUUUUCAAUGAGAAAAGACGAAAAGAUCCAAGAGUGAAUGAGUACCUAUACCAGAAAAUGUCAUUGUUAAUGAAAACCAACGACGUUACGGAAAUAAAGGAAUCAAUGCGAAUUGUGCGUGAACUCAUUGAUGGCGAAAAGUGGUAUCGCAAUCUCAAAGUUCAAUAUGACUACUUCGAUGGGGUUGUUUAUGAGGAAGCCAUAGCGAUAAGACUUGGCAACAUGCUUCAGCGCGCUACCAACAUAGCGACUGACGAGCAAUUUGAAAUUUGGAAGCACAACAUAAUAACUGACAUUUCACUAAGAGACGGAUAG